GAUAGUUACUGCCAACUGACGUAAACCACCAAAGAAGAAGAAGAUAGUUACUGUUGUUAGGAUUUUCCCUCAGGUUUUGCUGAACUCGCACACCAGAAACAGCAAUGGCAAGUCACAUCAAGAGCGAUGCAUCUGGAAAUGUGGUGAAGGACAGCGCUGUAGCAGGACAGACAGUUGGAGAGAACAUUACUGAGACUGAUGCCUUCAAUGAAAGUUUAUUUUCUCUGGAUCCUAAUGAGGAGUAUAAGAUGAACCACAAAAGGCGAGGAACGGUUCUGAUCUUCAAUCAUGAACGUUUCCACUGGCAACUCAGGAUGCACGACCGCUCUGGCACGAAUGCAGACAGACACAACCUCAUCCGAAGAUUUCAGGAGAUGGAUUUUGAAGUGAAGGCUUGUGAUGAUUACAAGCGGGAUGAAGUUAUGAGCACAAUCACAGAAGUUGCUGCUGCUAAUCACGUGGAUGCAGACUGUUUUGUAUGCAUCUUUUUAAGUCAUGGGGAAAAUGGCCAAAUCUAUGCCUAUGAUGGGGUCAUUGAUAUUCAAGACGUCACUGCUCUUUUCAAGGGGGAUAAGUGCCGUAGCCUUGUAGGAAAACCCAAAAUCUUCAUCUUGCAGGCUUGCCGUGGUGACAAACAUGAUGAACCUGUGGUACCAAUGGAUGUGGUGGACAGUCAUAUGAUCAAUGACGUGGUAGUGGAUGCUGGGGUUCUCUACACUCUUCCAGCAGGGGCAGAUUUCCUUAUGUGCUACUCAGUGGCUGAAGGAUACUUCUCUCACCGUGAGACCAUAAAUGGUUCGUGGUACAUCCAGGAUUUGUGUGAAAUCCUAAAACGUUAUGGUUCCACACUGGAAUUUACUGAGCUCCUGACACUUGUUAACAGAAAAGUUUCCUACCGCAGAGUGGGCAACGCCACUGAUCUCAAAGCUAUAGGCAAAAAACAGGUGCCUUGCUUUGCAUCCAUGCUCACUAAAAAGCUCUUUUUCAGGGCUAAGAAAGAAUAGUAGUGUUAGGGCCUUUUGAAAUAAGGUAUUCAGGGAUUCUUUUAUUUUAUCUGAUUUAUUUAGAUUUUGUUUGAAAAUUUUCCUUCUGAUCCUAUAUCCAUGGUUUUUAAAAAUAAAACAUGGAAAACAUGAUCUUUUGCUUGUUUUAGCCUGGAGGUUUGACAUGGGUUAGGGUUAAAAAGUGCAAGUAAAUUUGUAAUUUUAUAGAUUAAUUUCUGACCUAUUUAUGAUUUCCCAGAAUUGUAUUCAUAAUCAGCAGAUUGAUGUAAUGCAGCAGAUUUUAUAUUGACAAAUUAAACAAAAUAAUGACAGGCCAAGUCCCCAGUUAUUUAAAUCCAUCUAUUUUCUAUACACGCUUAUACUGUGUAGGAUCGCAGGGCUGCUGGGGGCAUAUUAAAGAAAAUGGAAAAGUUAAGAUCUGAGUUAAGUUACGAUUUUCCUCAAAUUCAUAUUUCAAAAGCAAAUCCUAACUGUAGCUAAGAUAGGAUAAUGCAUUUAGGAAAUGUUAUUCUGUAAUAGCCUUUGUCCUAAAUGAGAUCCAAACUGAAAUUGCCAUGUUUACAAAACAGAUAAGAUGGGAUCCUAAAUUUAGGAUCUUUCUGUAAUAUGCCACCUGGAGCUUAACUACCUCAGUGCGAAGGCAGUGAAACCAAUGGGAACCAAAAGAAAGAAUGAAAAAGAAAGGCCAUAAAAUAUCGAAACUUUGACACACAUUCCAGAUGUUAAGCAACUAGUUUUAGUAAAGAAUUUGAAGAUCCAGGAUUUUGAGAACUUUUUAUUCUGAAAGAGAAAGACCAAAACAAGAAAAUCCAGUUAGACUGUUAAUUCACUUGAAAGUCUUCUUAGAAAGUGUAUCUACCUACCUACUUAUGCCUACUUGAUUUUCAUACAAACUACUUGCUCAUGAAUAGAUAGAAUUAUGUUUUUUGCUUGUGCUGUGAAGCUACAUCUUUGUACACUCUAAGAUCUAACUAUUAUUUUGCCAGAGGCCACAAAGAACACUUUUCUGGUGUAUCAAAUAUGUUUGGUGAUUGUCACAGGGCAUGUCUUGUGACCUAUCAUUUAUUUGUUUAGCUUUGUGGCAUUGGGUGCUUAUUAGUAUGUUUUGUAAGGCAAGAUUUAAUGAUUUGUGACUAUUAAUGAAUGUCCAUUUAAUAUGUUCUUUGCUCAGUUCCAUUACCUUGUAAUGACAUUUAUAGAUUGACACUUUUAAUGUAUGAACAAAACUCAUAAUAUACAUAUCAUGGCCUCUUUGUUAUGGUUGAGGAUGUAUGAGUUUCACUGACUGUUUUAUGCUCUGGUGCAAUAUGGAUAAUUGGGAAAUUGUGUUUUGUAACAUAAUAGAAGAUAUAAUAACUUCUGCUGAGACUUGGUGGAUUGUCAGUGUGAAUAGCCAACCAGUUUCCUUAAGCCAACUUCACACUAUUUUAUUUUCUUCAGCCGAUUUCCAAUCUUAGAACUCAAUGACAUAAUCACUGGAGAAUAGUGGAAAUAUUUCAAUCUGUAUGUGACAUCCUCGACCAAAAUCAAGUUUCAAAUCAGGUAGUGUGAUGAUGCCUUUAAUAUAUAGUAUAAUUUGUAUCAAGGAUGCUUGUGAUUAAUAAGUCUGUAAUGAUGCCAUUGAUUAAAAUCGAUGUAGUAAAAUGUAUAUACAAUUUGUUGGCUCAGAAAUUGCAAACCUGCUCUUCUGUAUUUUAUUUUUAAUAGCUUUGGUACUGUUUUCACAUGUAAAUGGUAUGAUUUAUUGUAUUAGCAUAUUUAUUUUAACUUUUGCAAAACUUAGUACUAGUCUCCAUAUAGAUCAUCAAAAGUGCGUUCUAUUCCAUUUUUAAUGAUGUAGUACUUUAGGAUGUCAUACUGUAACUUUAUUGAUCACACCUAUUGAUAACAUGAUGGAUCGGUAUUACCGACUUGUUUUGUGAAUUUGAUUAGGGAAUUUUUUUUUUCAUUAUAUAUAUAUAUAUAUAUAUAUAUAUA